AUGGCCAGCAACGCAAAGGGAAGGAUCUCGGACUACUUCAACCGGCCCAAAUUCGCCAAACUUAACCAAGAUCGCACCCCGGAAAAGAAACGAUUUCAACAGCCCCGCCAACCCUCGUCGCCGGAAUCCCCGCUGACCGAGCCAGCAUCGUCGUGGAUUGAUCUCACCUCUGAAGAGCCCUGUGACGGUCCAAGCAGCCAGCUCAAGUCAUCUCUUAUUCAAUCAGUGGAUGGUGCACCCUCAAAACCCACGCCAUCACAAUGCUUGUCACAAAGCUUCCAGAGUAUCCAAAGUACGGACGAAGCCUUACCAAAUUUGCCGAAAGACGAUAUCCAACAUCCUCAGCGCAUUAUCAAAGGGGGCAAGCAAGUGGUGAUCAGCUCGGAUGGGGAAGAAACUGACUCAGACAAUUCAGAUUUCGAUCCAAUGGCGUUAUUAGGCAUAAAAUCAAAGCAAAACGAGACCCCAGUCCCUGCCAAAAUGCUUUCUGCGCCAAGACAGAUCGUCACCACGGUCAAAAAAUACAGAAAUAAUAUCCAUACGCUUGUAAAUGACGCGAAGACGGAUAGCGAGACAGAAGCCAACGUUGCCAAGGCGAAAGCCACCCUGGACGCUCAGGCUAAUGGCACGCAGAAGAUCCCAGGCAAUCACGGGAAAACGGGCCUAUCCAAAGAUGUGUUGACGUCAGCUUUGGGAGGUGAUGAAGAUGAUGACGGGGUGGAUGCUCGACGUCUAUUUGGUGCCAUUGAAAGGACAGAUGCCCUUGCGCGAAUUCAGGUCUGGCGCUUCUUGAGUCCGACCCGCGGGGCACCAGUUCCUUUCGAAUUUCCCAGGAAGAUAUUCCCCAACAGUUCACAGUUCGCAGCUCUACGAGAACCUGACUCUAGAGAACGUAUCAUUCAAUCUGGCAUGCUUGAAUUUGCUGCGUCUUGGCAACGUUUACCAGACGAGUUUAUCAUGUGGCUCUUUCACUCUUUGCCUCUUGAACCCCGGGAAGAGUUGAGACAAGCUUACGUGAGAAUACUGACAGUAACCCCUAAAGAACCUGAUACUGGAAGGAUACAAUCUCUUAUUCGUCCUUCGAAUAUCGAUGAAGUUUUUGGCUUAUUGGGUGCCAAAACAGAGUCUUUGGACUUUUCAAAGGCGAUUGUUGAGGAUGAUCGUUAUGACCCAAGCUAUGAUAAGUCAGCAUUGAAAGACCGAGGAGCUUUACUCUCUCUCUUCGACUUGCUUCGCGAAGCUGCUGAAUUAUUUGCCAAAGACACUCGAGAGCAUGCAAUUCAAGUAUUGCUGCGCAUCACUUUGGAUACUGCAAUCACGGCAGAUUAUACGAUCCGCUCAGAGCUUGAAAGCUGCAUUGGUGCCCUUUUGCAAAGCGUGGCGGAAUCGGACAUUGAGGAAAUGGAGACUCAAAUCUGCGCGACCCUAUACAAAACCCUUCAAGACUCACAGUGCCAAAGUCGCAUGUUACAACACAUUCUCCCAACCACUGUAUGGAUCUCGCGGCUGCGUUACCGUCUCGCCAUGGCAUUCUUGCUUCGAAGCCCCGCACCGUUGACGGAACCAGUCCAGGAUAUUUUGGAUUUGAAACGUUUGACUUACUCUUUAAUUGGUGACAAGCGGUUCCAAGUGAGAACGUUCAAGUCGGAGGAAGACUAUGACGAAUUGACGUCCUACUCGAUGCUAUUGGAAAUUUGCAUCAAUACCUGUCUCUACGAUCUGAGCUACAGGGAAGACAGUACAGCAAAAGAAUUCAAUGAGGCGGUCGAUAAGCUUGCAGUGCAGAUCAAGAGGAUUUUCAGCUCGAUUGAAAAUACAGGAGGUGCGCGCUACCUUAAACGGCUAUUUGCCAAAGGAGCUCUCGAGUUAAUCUACCACCGCAUGAUUCACUCUGUUCGCUCCAAGCCCCAGCCCAAGAAGGGUAUGUUUACGCCAUACGCCAAGACUACAACGGGCAAUAUCAAAACCCACUUCAAGUCAAGGGUCAAUACAAACCCUUCGGACGAAACAUUGAUGCCGAUCCGUCGACACGAAUCAUCUUGA